AUGGAACGCUGGAAGCGUAUUCGUGACAUUGAACUCGUUCUAAAUCCGAAAUAUUACCCCGCAGACCCGUCACUUGCACAUCGCGUUCUUAUCGCGGCGACCGAGGAGCUGGGGCAUGAUAGCCCAUCAGUGCAGAAAUACGUGCACGGAGGAUUAGAAGCUGUUUGGGCAAGAGAACUCGAUAUUGCGAAUCCAGAAACCGUUAUCCAGCUUGCCGAUGAAGCUGGACUCGAAGGAAUUCGUCUUGUGGACAGAGCGAGGAACGAAAGCAAGCUUGCAGGAUCGAGUCCGCCCUAA